AGAGACAGUGAGAGAGAGAGAGAGAGAGCGAGGAGAGUGGGGGAAAAGGAAUCACACAUGAGGGUGUCUUUCUCUCUCUAACGUUUUUUAUCCCGUCGUCUCCGGGGAAGGGAAAUCCAAAGUGAUCAUAUUUUUUUGGUGCAUUUUGUGGGUUUUGACCAGAGAGAGAGAGAGAGAGAGAGAGCUUUCGCUCUUCUUCUUCUUCUUCUUCUACUUCAAGUGUCAUUUUCUGGAUUUCUUUUAUUAUGUCUUCCUCCUUUUCUUAACAACACAAUCUCUCUCUUUAUCUUUCCAGCUUUCUCUUGAGCAUGUCUGUUUGUUUUAGAAGCUAGCUAGCUAGAUAUAGAGCAGAUUUUUUUUCUUUCUUUUUUCUUCCUUUGCUUGAGUUCUACUACCCCUUUUAUCUUAAAAGCAUACCAAGCUGUUAAUCUUUGAUAUUUUUGGCAGAAACAUGUCUUGAAGAUCGAAGAGCAGCAUAGCAAAAUUAGAGACCCACAUGUUGAACAGAUACUUUUUCUUUAGUAAUUUCUUUAAUAUAAAGUUGAAUUAAACGAAGAAAAAGCUUGUAUUUGGUAAAGAGAGUGUUAAUGAAGAUGCCCUUGGAAGGGAUUUUCAUUGAACCCUCUUCAACCCCACAUCCUGAUCUUUCCCUCAACAUUAGUCCUCCCAACACUUGUUCUUCUUCAAUUUGCAAUAGCACUAAUGACACCCAAGCUCACACUGAGCUCUCUCUUGGGAGGAAUUGCAGAGGUAGUACUACUGGAGCUGAUCAUCAACAACCGCCACAAAAUCCCUCCUAUCAUCAUCACCACCACUCCAACAAUCACUUGAAUCACAUAAAUCAUGGGGUUUCGCUACUGGAUGUGUCAUCAGACGGUUUGAGGCCAAUCAAGGGGAUUCCGGUGUAUCACAGCCGUUCAUUUCCCUUCCUGCCCAUGGACCACCAACACCACAACACAAGAGAGAAAGAUCCCAAGAUGUGCUUCUACCAAAUUCCUUCUUAUCAUCCCUCUUUGUCUUCCUCUUCUGUCUCUCAUUCUCCUUCUCCAUUCUAUGGAGCUGCCUUGGAUCCCAUCUCAUCAAUCAUGUCUACAACAAGGGAUGCCUUCAAAUCCAGCCAAUUGCACCAUCAUCAUCAACAUCUCCACCACAAUCAGUACGGGAUUGGAGCUUCAGAGGCUUCUCAUGGGAUGAUGAGAUCAUCAAGAUUUUUGCCCAAGCUCCCAACAAAGCGGAGCAUGAGAGCACCAAGGAUGCGCUGGACUAGCACUCUUCAUUCUCGAUUCGUUCAUGCUGUUGAGCUUCUUGGUGGCCACGAAAGAGCUACACCAAAGUCGGUUCUUGAGCUCAUGGAUGUCAAGGAUCUCACAUUAGCUCAUGUCAAGAGCCAUUUACAGAUGUAUCGGACUGUUAAGACAACUGACAAGCCUGCAGCUUCCUCAGUCUUGGUUUUCCUUGAAGGCCAAUCAGAUGGAUCUGGGGAGGACGAUAUCUUCCCUUUGGGGAGCGCUACAACUGACCGUGGCCUUCGUCCAUUUACCGAUCAACGAGGACCGUCUGAUCAGCCCCUUCCACAAGAUCAUAUGGACUAUCCUUCCUCCACUCUCUGGAGUAACUCUUCCAGCAGUAGAGAGGCAUGGCCACAAGCUAACUCCAAUGACAUGGAGGGACCCAGACCAGCAUCCUUCGAGCCACAACAAAGACCAAGAGGCCACAAUUUGCAGGAAUGUGAUUCAACUCAAGUGAAGAGCUACUUAGGAUCGACUAAUUUGGAGUGCAAGAAGCCAAGCUUGGAGUUCACAUUAGGAAGACCAGACUGGCAUAGCAAAAGAACGUGACUAAUUUCACUGUCUCUCUCUCUCUCUCUCCCCUCUUUUUCUUUGUUUUUGAGUUUGCAUUUCUUGAGCGAGCAAGCUAGUUCAUUAAUUAUUAUCUUCAUGAUUGAGAAGUGAUCGAUAGAUACAUAGAAGGGUGUUUUGUGAGCGAGCGAGGAAGAGGAAAACCUUAGACAUUAAUGCAAGUUGAUGAUGAUGAUGAUGAUCAAUCUUUCAGUAAUUAUGUGUGCAUGCGUGGAUCGAUGCUAAUUAAGCAUGUAGUUCAUGUUUCAAUGCAAGCGUGUAACCAAGUUCAUGCUUGUCGAUCUACUGUGGUAAUCUGUAAUACUAAUUAAUUUCUCUUCUUGUUAGCUUAAUUAAUUACUUGUAAUUCCAUCACAUUCAUGUAAAGCCAAUAUUGAUAAUGAAACCAGGAAUCCUUCCGACUUAA